CCGUCGCCUCCGCCCGCCCUCGCGGCUCCCUCCUUCCGCGGCUCCAAUCCCCACGUUCCGCCGUUCCCCGCCCCCGGCCGCCUCCUUUCUCCCUCUUCUCCUCCCCACCUUCUCCCGCGAAGCUGCGCUCGCCAAGGGCUGGGAGGAAGAGAGCGCGCAGACUGGCAGAGGCCGUUAAGUCAGGCAGAACCUCACGGCCAGAGAACAGAGCUGGGCAGAGAUUUGGAGAGAGGCGGGCCCGGGGCACACGAGAUGGGAAAACGUCGGAAAGGGGAACGCCGGAGAUGGGGAUCAACAGUCGAGGAAAGACGGGCCGGCGGCGCAUAGGCGAGAAGAAACUAGCGAGCAAGACCAGAAGGAAAGGAGGACCGAAGAGAAACGGAAAACGGCCCGGAAGCCUCAGCCUGUCCCUGCAGCCCCUCCGGAGUGUCUGUGAGACCCGGCCCGGCCUGGCGGGGGCGCCAAAAGCAGGUGAAGACACCUGGUGGUUCGAAGUCUUUGAACACGGCUCGUGCUCCUCCCUCUGCCCCACGGGAGAUUUUUGUGCCCUGUCUUCUCCCAAGAGGACUCACCCGCGGAUGCACAGCAGGUUCAAGCCCUCACCCCAGCCCGAGAGCAGCUCCAGUAAUCCCUCUCUCCCCGUGGCCGGGUGUGGAGUCGGGCCAUCGCUAAGGUCUUACUUUUAACUCAAGUGCCAGACUUCCCGAUGGAAGUUCUUCUUGAAUGAUUUAGCCUCGUGUCCCUCUUUUGCCUGUCUGCAUCUGGCACUGGAUAGGAACUUCUGGAAUUGAGCUGAUGCGCCGCGGCUCUGGUUUGUGCUACUCUGGAUGUCUUACAAGCUCUGACCCUGUUGCUAUUCCUGAUUUCUCAGCUUUCUUUAGCAGCAUUUUAAAAUUUUUAUUUUACUUUAUUUUGCAGUAAUGGGGAUUGAACCCAGGGCUUUGCCCAUGCUAGGCAAGUGCUCUGCCACUCUGAGCCAUGCCCCCGCAGAGCAGUGAGCAUUUCCGGAAUCUCUCCCGAUGUUACCCUCCCCACUGCGGUUUCCAUGAUGAAAAUGGGAGGUGGGGGGGAUUUUGUGAGGCCGUGCCCAGGGCUCCAUGCCCAGUACCUGCCCCAAAGCCGCCAGCACUGCUGGCUGCAAGGCCCUGUGGGCCUCCUUGUCUCAUCUCACUGAAUCCCUUCUGUGCUCUUCUUAGCAAAGGCUGGGAAGUCUGGUUCUGAUUACAAGGGGGUGGAGUACCGGAUUCCAGUGUGGCUGUAGGGAAGAGGCUGUGAAGCAAGGCAUGGUGACAGUGUGGAUCCCACCCCCUACCCCCCCCCCCCAGACUGGCGCUGAGAGGGGAUGGAUGUGGUGGGGAUGGGAAGAGUUAGUGCUCUGUAGGCAGUUUCAGAGGCUGGAGCAGUGGGAGUCCCUGGGGGCUGCAAGACGGGAUCAGACAGGAUCUGAGAAGGCGCUGGGAGGGAGGUGCCCGGAGAGGCGGGAGUUAGAGCCAGAGGAGGGUGGCGGGCUUGGAGGCUACUGGGAAAGGGCAAGGCUGAAGGUCGUUGUGUGUAUUUUGGCAAGAUUUGAUUAUGUAAUCAAAUUACACGAGAUGUGGAAAUUUGUUCA